GUCCGCCGCCCUCGUCUCCGCUUCUCCUUUUUCUUCAUUCUUCUCCUCUCUCUCCCCUAGUCCCUCCCAAGCCCUUUGCUUCCACUUCCAGCAACCAUGGCGUUCCAGAAGAUCAAGGUCGCCAACCCGAUCGUUGAGAUGGAUGGGGAUGAAAUGACCAGAGUCUUUUGGAAAUCAAUCAAGGACAAGCUUAUAUUGCCCUUCUUGGAUUUGGAUAUAAAAUAUUACGAUCUUGGCCUUCUUCACCGUGAUGCUACGGAUGAUAAAGUUACAAUAGAAAGCGCAGAAGCAACGCUUAAGUAUAAUGUGGCAAUCAAGUGUGCAACAAUUACUCCUGAUGAAGCUCGUGUUAAAGAAUUCAAUUUGAAAUCUAUGUGGAAGAGUCCAAAUGGGACAAUCAGGAAUAUUUUGAAUGGAACUGUGUUCAGGGAACCCAUUCUCUGCAAAAAUAUCCCAAGACUUGUACCAGGGUGGACAAAGCCCAUUUGCAUUGGAAGGCACGCUUUUGGUGAUCAAUAUCGGGCUACUGAUGCAGUCAUCAAAGGCCCUGGAAAGCUCAAAUUGGUAUUUGAGGGAAAGGAGGAGACUGUGGAUCUAGAGGUUUUCAACUUCACUGGCGCUGGAGGGGUGGCGUUAUCUAUGUAUAACACUGAUGAGUCAAUUCAUGCUUUUGCUGCAGCUUCAAUGAGUACUGCUUACCAGAAGAAAUGGCCACUUUAUCUUAGCACUAAAAAUACAAUUCUCAAGAAAUAUGAUGGGAGAUUUAAAGAUAUAUUCCAAGAAGUGUAUGAAGCUGAGUGGAAAACCAAGUUUGAGGCUGCUGGAAUAUGGUACGAACAUAGACUUAUUGAUGAUAUGGUUGCAUACGCACUUAAGAGUGAAGGUGGUUAUGUCUGGGCUUGUAAGAAUUAUGAUGGUGACGUACAGAGUGAUUUCUUAGCUCAAGGCUUUGGAUCCCUGGGAUUGAUGACAUCAGUACUGGUUUGCCCUGAUGGAAAAACUAUUGAAGCUGAAGCUGCACACGGCACUGUCACCCGACAUUACCGUGUUCACCAGAAGGGCGGUGAAACUAGCACAAACAGCAUUGCAUCAAUCUUUGCUUGGUCACGGGGACUUGCGCACAGGGCUAAGUUAGACGAGAAUGCUAGACUGCUUGAUUUCACUGAAAAGCUUGAAGCUGCCUGCGUUGGAUGUGUGGAAUCUGGAAAAAUGACUAAAGAUCUUGCCCUCCUCAUCCAUGGAUCCAAGGUGACCAGAGACCAAUAUUUGAAUACUGAGGAGUUCAUCGAUGCUGUUGCUGCAGAACUGACAGCAAGACUCCAGUGAAAUUCAAAGCUGUUUUUCGAUCAUGUGGUGAAGAUGAUUGGAGAGUGGAAAAGAGGUCUUUUUUCAUUGAUCCAAGCUAUUUUAAUUUGAGAGACCUUACUGCUUAUGCUUUUUUUUUUUACAAUCACAAUAUUUGGAUGGUUGAAUCCUUCUAUUGAUGUUGGUGAUUGGAUAAGAAAAGGAACAUUUUCAUUGAAAUGAUGCAUUGUAUUGGGUUGAAUUUGGACAUCAA